CAUGGCAUGAGUGUUUGAAAUUGAUGUUUCUGUCUUCUAGCCUUCCUCGGAUCUGCUUGCAAUAUAAAGUAACUCAGAAUAAAAAUAUAUCAAUGAAUUAUUGCAUAUAAAAAAAAUGUAUCACAGUCAACCGAGUAUUUGUAUAUUGAGAUGCUUUCAGAUUUCCUAAUAAACCACGUGGGUAUUAUAAUAAGUAAUAUUAAUGCUUAGCUUAUUUAAAGAGUACAAACUCAGCCAACCACUAUUUGAAUAUACAAAUAAGGCAAAUUCUGUGGUGCCUCCAACCCUUUUAGCAAAUAAUAUGAUGCCAUGUGUAUUAGUAUUUUCAAAUUUUCUUUUUCUGUUCAAAUUUGAAUUGUUUUUUAGAAAAUCAAAAAUGUUUUAUAUUUUAUUAUCAGAGGGGCCUUUUAGCAAUUGUUUGAAAGUUGUAUAUUAUCUUUUAACCAUCAUUGAGAAUUUUUACCACGCUUAUUCGUAUUCUGAGUUCAACCCAUUUUCUUCUUCUUCUUCCUUGAACCCUAAUAGUAUCAGCUUCUUCACCUUCCAGCUUCUUCACCUUCCAGCUUCUUCAUCGUUCGUUUUUCGCAGACGAGGACCAUUGUCGUCAUCAGCUUCUUCAUUGUCGUUCGAGCUUCUUCACGUUCCAGCUUCUUCAUCAAAUUCACCUUCCAGCUUCUUCAUCGUUCGUUUUUCGCAGACGAGGACCAUUGUCGUCAUCAGCUUCUUCAUUGUCGUUCGAGCUUCUUCACGUUCCAGCUUCUUCAUCAAAUAGCACGGUUUGCUGCCAUGGCAGAUGUGAAUGAAUAUUUCUCUAUUGACUUGUCUAAUGAUGGAGGUAUGAGUGAGGAUGAUGAUUCUGUGGCAGUGGCUGAUGAUGGCAAUGGCAACAAUGAGAAUUCUAAUCCAGAUCGUUGCAAAUUAAUCCCUGACUUGACAGCUGAUGAGAUAAGGGAGCUGGUGUUUUGUUCUGAGAAGGAUGCUGUUGAAUUUUACCAACACUAUGCCCAUUUCAAAGGUUUUGGUGCAAGGAAAGAUGAUGUCCGUCGUGAUCGAAAGGGUAAUAUUAUUAGUCGUCAACUGGUGUGUAAUAGGGAAGGUGAGAGACAUGAGAAGCAUUUGAAUAAGGUUAGUGAAACGACUCGUUUGGUGUUAAUAUAUUUUUAAAUAUUAUUGUUAUUAGCUUUAUUAUAUAUAAGAAAAUAAGUUAAAAAAAAAACAGAGAUGUGGAAUGGGGUUCACGUAAACCCCACCCCUUGAGUUAAAAAAAAAAAAAAACUAACUACCCAGUAAAUCACAUAACCCACCCAUCCAGUACCAUUCUAUUCUUUCUUUUCUUCUACCCUUGAUGAAAUCAACGCCACCUCUGUUCCUUUCUUCCUCAGGUCUGAAUUCUCCCCCACCAAAGAACCACUAAACCCCUCCAUAAAUACACAACCUUGAACCAAUUACUAUUCGGCCAGUGAAGAGACUUUGGGCAUUAAUUUGAGUGUUAGAGAUUGGUGCUCCAAGGAAGGAGGAGUAGGGUAUUCAUCAGAUCAAGGUGACACUAUUGAUUCCAUUGAGAUUCGACGGCGAGUAGAUCGUUCGGUGGUCGUAGUAUUGCUGAAAGCAACCGAGGUUAUUCUUCAUAGUAAUUUUCAGGAAACUGAGUAGCAGACUGUUGUCAGAUCAGGUCGUUCGGCUUAUUUCGUUUAUAGGCCUCAUUUGGAAGGUUGUCAUGGUUUUGCCUGUUGUUGGUCUUUAUUAUUCUGCAGCUAUAGGGGGAGUCUUUGUGGGAAUUCAGUUUGAUUUAUUAUUAUUCGUUUUAAUUUAAGAAUUAGCACUUUAGUACUGGAUUUGAAGUUUAUGUAUUCUUGGAAUUCUAGUUAUAUGAUAACUCUGAAUUGAUAGAUUUUAUUAUUUUGGAGAUAUUGAUAUUACAAGAAAAAUUCCUUUCGUUUUAUAUAAAUUAUAGGAAAUAUGUACAAUUUUAGAAAAUUGUUUCGGGGAGUGGUUUUGGUUAAAUAGGCUUGCCAGGCUAACGUCAUAGUCUGUGCGCCGGUCAUGGCUUAGGAUUUUGGGUCGUGACAGUUAGCCGAGUCAAAGAAGCAAAGCCUAUUACCAGAGUGGCUUGCCCAGCAAAGUUCCGUGUCCGUUUUCAUGCAGACUCAAGCAAGUGGAAGGUUGUGCUAUUUGAACCAGAACACAAUCAUGGGUUGACACCUGCAUCCCACGUUCAUUUGAUGCCCUCAUUCAGGGGAUUGACUGAUGGUGACAAGGCUCAAGUAGACAGUCUAAAGCUGUAUGGGGUGAGAAGUUGCAACAUAAUGGGGCUUUUGAUGGGUCAGAAAGGUGGGCAUGAAUCGGUGGGUUUUCUGAAAAAGGACUUAUAUAAUCAUGUUGAUAAGAAGAAAAGGAUAAGUUUAGGUGCUGGAGAUGCAGCCAGUGCAUUGAGUUAUUUGCAGCGUAAGGGGGAGAAGGAUCCCAUGUUUUUUUUCAAAUUCACAAGAUCAGGUGAAGAAAAUCUUGAAAACUUGUUUUGGUGCGAUGGAACAAGUCGCCUUGAUUACCAAGCGUUUGGAGAUGUCAUUGUUUUUGACAGCACCUACAAGAAGAACAAGUACAACAAACCGGUUGUUAUCUUUUCUGGCUACAAUCAUCACAAGGAGACUACAAUUUUUGCAUGUGCCAUGGUUUGUGAUGAGACCAUUGAGACUUACAAAUGGGUCCUGAAAGCCUUGGAUGAAGCUAUGUUUGGAAAGCAACCCAAAGCUGUUGUGACUGAUGGAGACAAAUCUAUGCGUGAAGCAGUGAAGGUUGUGUUUCCUAAUGCUACUCAUAGGCUUUGUGGAUGGCAUAUUCAGCAAAACUGUCUUGAGAAAAUUAAGAUUCCAGAUUUCUUGAAUGAAUUUAAGACUUUGAUUUAUGGGAAUUUCACUCCAGAACGUUUUGAAACUAAAUGGCUGCAAGUGAUUGAAAAGUAUGGUAUUGGUGAGGAGAAAUGGAUUAAACAGACGUAUGAAACUAGGCAGAUGUGGGCAACUGCGUUUAUGCGAGAGAAAUUUUUUGCCGGUAUCAGGACUACCUCUCUAUGUGAAGGCAUUAACUCAUUUAUUAAGAGGUAUGUGCAGUGCAAAAAUAGCAUCCUUGAUUUCAUUUAUAACUUUGAGAGAGUUGUGGAGGAGUAUAGGCAUAAUGAGUUAGCCUCUGAUUUCAAGUCAAGUUAUGGUGAGCCUGUCUUGAUUACUGCUUUGAGUCACAUUGAACAAGGGGCAGCAAAGUUGUUGACAUUGAAUAUGUUUAGGGAAGUGAGACAUAUGAUUCAACGAGCACUUAACCUUAAUCUUGUUGAACGAUCAGAGAUUGGUACCACAGUGAUGAUAAAGUUUAGCAUUUGUCGUCAUCCAAACACUCAGUUCUUGGUCAUUUAUGACAAGAAUCAGAACAUGUUUAAUUGUGAUUGUGGGUUUUCUGAAUAUGUUGGCAUACCUUGUUCUCACAUUAUAUGUGCAAUGAGAACUGAGAACAUGAAUGAAGUCCCUGCUAGUCUUGUUUCUAAAAGGUGGCUGAAGACUGCAAAGGCUGAUUCAUUACAAUCUAUCCCUGCUAUGGAGGUUGAUACUGAUAGAAUGAAAAUGCUGCGUAGAGGUGCAAUUUUUGCUGCAUGCAACUUUCUGAGUGAAUAUGGUGCUGAUGACUCUUCUGAUUUCUCAAAUGUUAUCGAGGACAUAUACAAGCUUGUCAUGAAAUUUCAGAAACGUCGCCAUCCCAAUUCUGCCGCAACCAAUUUAUUUGUCAUUGGUGACCCAGCUGUUGUCAAAACAAAGGGCGCUCCACGGAAGAAGAAGUAUAAGAAGACGAAAAGGCUAUGCUCUAAUUGCAGAAAGGGUGGCCACACAAUCAAGACAUGUCCUACAUUAUUUGAGGGUAAUGAAGUUGGAGAAAGUUUUGCAGAUGCUGAAGAAGAUGAAGAUUCAUCUGUUGAAAUUGAUGGUGAUAACACUGCUGAUACUCCCGUGCCAUCAUUAGGAGGAGAUAAUGGAGGGCCCAGUUCAAUGAGUACAGUCAAAGCCAAAAGAAAGGUGGGAGAUAGAAGAACCCAAAAGGAUGUUAAACGCAACACUGGAAGUUCCCAAGCUAUGGUGUCACCAACUAUUGAGCAACCUCAAGCUGAUAUUGAAGCCCCUCCAAUGAGUUUCCCAAGUGGGUUCAAUUUGUUUCCCCAAUUCCCUGCGAGCCAGAUUUUACAAUCUUUCCAUCCUUUUGCUUCAUACCAGCAAUCGCCUUAUGGCACUCAGUAGAAGACUGAAUAUUGGAUGUGGCUCUGAAUUUUGCUUGGAAUUGCUAUUGCAUUGUGUUGCUUAAACCAUUAAUGGACCUUUUUUUUUUCAUGUAAUUUUUGCUGGGAACUAAUAUGGCUAUGUUAUUGAAGUCCUCGCUGAUUUUGAAGUAUUUUUUGUUUAUGAAGUCUUGAAGUUAUUAUGA